CAUUUUAUUUUAAUUUUUAUAUGUAGCUUUACUAGCUCUAAAUUAAUGAUAAAAUAUGAAUGUCUGGAUGCGACUGUCAGUUAACAUUGUUAAAUAUUCAAGUUAUAGAUUAUUAAGCUCAACUUGCAUCAGACCAUCUACUCAUGAUUAUUCUGCUGUAAAAUUAUUAUUUCCAUCUCAUUUUAUAUUAGAUGAAAAUGGUGUUAAUGCUGUUAAACAAAUACGAAAGAACACAGGGGCUGUUGUGCGUGUAGUAGAUAAUCAAGAGAAUAAUAGUGUAGAAAAUGUAUCAAGUUCUUUUCUUUUACUUGUUGGAAACUCUUUCCAAAUUAAUAAAGCUUCAGAACAAAUAAAAAACUUAUUUGAAGGACGUUUGCCAAAAGUGGAGAUUAACAAGCGAUCAGAUUUUAAGCUUAUUUGGCAUGGGUAUAAAAGAAAUUACAAAGGCCAGUUUGCUCCCUUAAAGCCAAGAAAAAAGUGUAUUCGUUGUGGUGGAAAAAUGCUUUCUGGUAAUCCUUGUCCGUUAUGCCAGUUAAAAAUAAACAAUGACUAUGAUUUACACUAUACAGAUGUUGAGUUGUUAUCCCAUUUUGUAUGUCCAUAUACAUGGCAGAUUCUGAGUCCAUAUGUCACAAAUAUAUGCAAAAUGCAAUAUAAACGAGUUGAGGCUGCUAUUGUUAAAGCAAGGCAUUAUGGGUUAAUGCCAUUUACAAUUCCAUUACCUAUGAAUGAACCCAAGAAACUUAAACCUGCUGGAGUUCCUACUGAUGUGACAAUUAAAGUAAAAAUGCAUUAAUAUGAAAUAAAUUAAAUUUACAAA